GCCGGCUCCUCCUUUGCGCACGUGUCUGCCGCGGGGCCGGGGCCUCACCGCGUAACCCCUGUGCGCGGCCCCGGCGGCGCUCGGCGCCCUCCCUGCUGGGGCCCGCGGGAGCCGCUCCAGCCUGCGGGAGCCGCCCCUGAGCAGCCGCCCCGGUGCCGCUGCAGCGCGGAGCCCGAGAAGCGGCCCGUCACGUGGCAUACAUAUCAGGACACCUUACCUGUCACUGGAGAUUUUAUUCCAUAGCAACCAAUAAGCAAGUGUGAAACAUGAGGACAAAUCCCGCCAUUCAAGCUGCCAUCGAUCUCACGGCAGGUGCAGCAGGUGGGACUGCGUGUGUGCUAACCGGCCAGCCCUUUGAUACAGCUAAGGUGAAGAUGCAGACAUUUCCCAGCAUGUAUAAAGGACUCCUUGAAUGUAUUGUGAAGACGUAUAAACAAGUUGGAUUGCGAGGCUUCUAUAAAGGGACCACUCCAGCACUUGUAGCUAACAUAGCAGAAAACUCAGUCCUGUUCAUGUGCUAUGGGUUUUGCCAGCAGAUUGUGAGGCGAGUUGUUGGAGUAGACAGGAAAGCAAAACUGAGUGAUCUGCAGAAUGCAGCUGCAGGCUCUUUUGCUUCUGCAUUUGCUGCCUUGGUCCUAUGUCCCACAGAGCUGGUGAAGUGUCGGUUGCAGACCAUGCAUGAAAUGCAGUUAUCUGGAAAGAUAAUACAAGGACACAAUACAGUUUGGUCAGUAGUGAAAAGUGUUAUUCAAAAGGAUGGCCCACUCGGGUUCUACCAUGGUCUGUCAAGCACUUUACUUCGGGAAGUCCCAGGUUAUUUCUUCUUCUUUGGAGGCUAUGAACUGAGUCGGACAUUUUUUGCAGCGGAGAGACCAAAAGAUCAACUAGGGCCUAUUCCUUUGAUGGUGAGUGGUGGUUUUGGAGGCAUCUGCUUGUGGAUUGCUGUUUAUCCUGUGGACUGUGUCAAAUCUAGAAUUCAGGUUCUUUCCAUGUCUGGAAAACAGGCGGGCUUCAUGGGAACAUUCGCAAAUAUUUUGCGAAAUGAAGGAGUAUUUGCCUUGUAUUCUGGACUAAAGCCUACUUUGAUUCGUGCAUUCCCAGCCAAUGGUGCACUGUUCCUUGCCUACGAGUACAGUCGCAAGAUGAUGAUGGAACAGGUUGACAUGUACUGAAAUCUUCCAGCAGCAGGUUUAGGCCAACCUUUUUAAAAAGAACUGUAAGGCUUGAAUGGGUACAAAAUCAAUAGCAUGACGUCAGAGAAACUCAGUCAAUUUAGGAUUUAAAAAAAAUCUUUUUAAAGUAAAUGGGUUUUGUAGACCUUGUAUGUGGUUUUUACAGGUGUUUUUUUUUUUUUUAAGGGAGGAUGGAGACAUGUUAACGUUCUUUCCACCUAUUGUGCUGCUCAAAAGAUUUAAUUAUGUUGCCCUGAUGGAAGCGGUACUCAGUGUAAAGGAUAGUGAUCUUUCAGUUAAGAGAGUUAAUCUCAAAUUUUAAAAAUCUAGUUCUGGAACAGCCAUGCUAUAAGAAGUCUGAAUUUUCCUUUUUCAUGUUAGCAAACACAACUGACUCAAGGCCACAUGGCACUGGUGCAUUAGUAAAGUUGUGUUACUCUUUUCUUUAUAAAUUUUAGGGCUUGUAUACACAGGGAGUGACUCUUGAAUAGUUUCAUCUGUGGAUGCUCUUAUUCUGGAAUAAAUCUCAUUCUAAAUUAUUUUAAUCCACUUUAGACAGCCUAUCAGGAAUAGUUAAUCUGCUAUAAAUCAUACAGUAUGUUAUUUUGGAUUCACUUUCCUGCGUAGGUGACUCUUGGAAAGAGUAUUCAAUGGAAACAGCAAGCUGCUUGCAUUUUAUAGCUGUUUCACCUCUUUGUAAGAGACUGUUCAACUACUUCAAGAAAGAGUAGUCUAAUACAAGGAAAGGUAGAAGAGGGAGGUUUAGUUUCCUGAAGUAUUUAGUUUAAGCAAUGCAUGGCUAAUACUUGCACUGUUUUAAUGUGUUAAAGUUGUACAAAUUCAUAAACUCUGCCAUCAAUAGUUUCACCAAUAAUGUGAAAAUAUUAAAGUAACUGGAGCAGAAUGGGUUUUGCAAUCCUAAUACCUCAUUUCUCUUCCUCCCCCCCGCCUUCUUCCCCCCCCCC